CCAUUACAUUCAAACGAAAAAGUCAAAAAGAAGUGUGAAUUGAUUAUUUGAAACCAGGAGGAGAGAAUGGCCAAUGGGUGAGGCAAGAGAUCUCUAUUUAUUUGGGGGUCGAAUGGCUGCACUUCAGCUAUCCAUAAGGCGAUACAGAGUGGUUGCGGCAAACAAUCCCGAGCAUCUUGACGCCACUAGUCCAGCCAGCUUGACCACGACUUUGCUCAACGAACAUGACACCAAUAUCAACGGAAGAGAGAAUAACAGGUCAUCGCCGAAUAACUUCAAAGUCACAGAACAACAGCGGUGAUAGCCCCUCAUGGCUAGUGGCCCUUUACCCCACCAUCUUGCCAUCAACAAUACGUCCGCAACCGAUGGAGGCCAGAGCUUUGCUGGUAUCAACCUUGGUGGAACUUUAAAUUUUGCCCCCAGCGAGUCUACUUCAAACCUCAACGAUUUACUUCAGAAGACCCUACCCAUUUCCGUGGACGCACCGUUCAGCACACGCAAGCGGGAGCACGAACCAACCUGUCUCGCAGGAACCCGUACCGAUCUCCUCCACGCCAUAUACAAUUGGGUCGAUGGCGAAACCUCACAAAGCAUCUUUUGGCUGAGUGGUUUGGCCGGCACUGGGAAGUCUACAAUAGCCCAAACAGUGGCCGCCACUUACUCCGCAAAGAAAGCCCUAGGAGCCAGCUUCUUCUUCUCGCGGGGCGGCGGAGAUGUUAGACAUGCUGAAAAAUUUGUUACAACCGUUGCAUUCCAGCUUGCGAAUAUCAUACCGGGUCUAAAGCGCAAAAUUUGCGAUGCCAUAUCGGAGCGCAGCGAUAUCGCAACUCAGUCUCUCCGCGAUCAGUGGCAGGACCUCGUUCUUGUUCCCUUGUCGAACCUCGACGACAGGGAUUGUCGGUCGAGAUAUGCCCUUGUCAUUGACGCUCUCGAUGAGUGUGAAGAUCAGAAUGAUAUUCAGAUCAUUCUGCAACUUCUGGCCGAAGUGCGGUCGCUAAAGGUUGUCCAGCUACGGGUGCUUCUGACGAGCAGACCUGAGGUUCCGAUCCGGUACGGCUUUAAUCAAAUACAUAAAGACGAACACCAAGACUUUGUGCUUCAUGGUAUUGAGCCUUCUAUUGUGGAUCGCGACAUUUCUAUUUUCUUGAGGAACAAGCUCGGACUUAUCAGACGGAAAUAUCAGCUUCAGGCUGACUGGUCGGAGGAGAGUGCAAUCACUUUUCUAGUCCGGAGCUCCGAUGGGCUAUUCAUCUGGGCUGCAACAGCCUGUCGAUUCAUCGAACAAGGCGGCCAGCUUGCGCAGGGCCGAUUAUCUCUUCUCUUACAUGAAGCCAGCCGUACGAUUGAACCAGCACACAAGCUUGACGAGAUAUACACCACCGUUCUCACCAACUCUAUCCGAGGAGAAUACGACAAAGAAGAAACUCUACGGUUGCGCGAGCUAUUCCGACAGGUUGUUGGACCGAUCAUCAUUUCUCCAGAGCCUCUAUCCGUGUUAAACCUUGUCAGGCUACUUGGAAAAGAUGUCAAGACUUUGAAUCGGACCUUAUCCAAUUUGCAUUCUGUUCUUGAUGUGCCAGAGGCUGAGUCAAGUACUGUCCGUUUGCUCCAUCCAUCGUUCCGUGACUUCCUCCUUAACCGAAAGAGAUGCUCGAAUUUUCAAUUUUACAUCGAUGACAAAUUGGUCCAUCACACUGAUGACUACCACAACGUUGAAAAUUUCCUUCGAAAACACUUUCUUCAUUGGCUUGAAGCACUUGCACUGUUAGGCCGUGUUUCAGAUGCAGUUGUUAUGGUCCACAUGCUAGAUUCGGGAUUUUUGGAUGAGCAAAAAGGAGAUGUUCAGCAGCUAAAAAGUCUUUAUGACAAGCUCAAAUCGACCUUUCAAUCUAGCGUUACGCCUAAGAUUGAAAGAAGUUCGGAAGAACACAAGAUGGCAGCUGAGUCAAGUUUGCAAGCGUUAAUACAUGAUGCGACACGCUUUGUUCUCAAUUUCCGACCGGUUCUAGAAAUAGCACCGCUACAAAUAUAUUCCGCUGGUCUAAUAUUUAGUCCGAAUACGAGUAUUAUUAGAAGGAAUUUUUCGGAUAAAGUUCCAACUUCUAUCUCGUGUGUGUCCGAGGUGUCAGAAAACUGGAGUUCACACUUGCAGACGCUCAAAGGCCAUUCGGGCCCGGUCUCGGCCGUGUCCUUCUCUCCGGACGGCAAGACACUAGCGUCGGCAUCUUACGAUGAAACGGUCAAGCUGUGGGAGGCCGGCUCCGGGAAGCCGCUGCAGACGCUCAAAGGCCAUUCGGGCCGGGUCUCGGCCGUGGCCUUCUCUCCGGAUGGCAAGACGCUGGCGUCGGCAUCUUACGACGCAAGGGUCAAGCUGUGGGACCCCGGCUCCGGGAAGCCGCUGCAGACACUCAAAGGCCAUUCUAGCCCUGUCUCGGCCGUGUCCUUCUCUCCGGACGGCAAGACGCUGGCGUCGGCAUCUCACGACGCAAGGGUCAAGUUGUGGGAUGCCGGCUCCGGGAAGCCGCUGCAGACGCUCAAAGGCCAUUCGGGCUCGGUCAGGGCCAUGGCCUUCUCUCCGGACGGCAAGACGCUGGCGUCGGUAUCUGACGACGCAAAGGCCGUGACCUUCUUUCCGGACGGCAAGAUGCUGACGUCGGAUCCUGACGACGCAACGGUCAAGCUGUGGGACGUCGGCUCCGGGAAGCUACUACAGACGCUAGUGACUAAUAGCUCAAUGCAUUUCAGUCUCUGGUUUACGGACGACGGUUCAUGUCUCCAGGCUGAUAGGGGAUUGUUCCGUAUAGGUCCUUCUUGCGGCCUAGCUCCUACCCGAUCAUGCUCUCCGCAGUCCAUCUAUGUCGAGGAGCAAUGGGUCCUUUACAAUGGCGAGAGGGUGCUAUGGCUUCCCUCAGAGUACCGGUCAGAUAAAGUUGCUGUUCAUGGUAACAUGGUCGGCUUUGGGUACUCUUCUGGUCGAGUAUUGAUAAUGAAAUUCGCCGUUUGAUUCGUUUUCUUGACCUCCUCCCGACCUCCCCACCCAUCUCCUUCACUCUUCACUACCUUUAUUACCCCUGCCAACUAUUGAAUUAGUAAUACUGAAUGCACUGCUUAGAGAUCUUGAAGAUAAACG